AAUUAGAUGUAGAAAUAAAUAUAAGAACCAAUUUUAGACAUUUAUAAGCUGUAUAACAGUUACAGCAGCUGGGAUUUAAUCUCAUCUGAUAUUUUUUUUUAUCGUACAUGUAUGUCACAGGUGACAGUUGUAGUUAAACAGGAAAGUACAAGCUAGAGACAGAAUUUACAAGGUCUUCAAUUUGAAAUGCCAACAGAACAUUCAAAUACUGUAGAUGCUGAGGGGACAGACUAUGUUGACUUCGAUAAAAAGGAUUGUGAUGAAGAUGAUUUUUCGCAGCAACUUAGACUGAAGAGAGAAGCAGUACGACUUGAAACAUAUGUUGACUGGCCAAAAGCUUUACCUGUCAAACCAGAAGAUUUAGCUAGAGACGGAUUUUAUUAUCUUAAAACUGGCGACAAAGUGAAAUGUAUUUUCUGCAAUCUUGUUUUAAAAAGUUGGGAAGAAGGCGAUGUUGUUAGGAAUGAACACAAAAAGUUUAAUUCGACGUGUCCAUUUUUAAUAAAUAAAAACUGUGGAAAUGUUCCCCUGCAAACUGUUCAGCCAGGGACAUCUAGUGCCGGAGCUGGUGCUGGAAAGGUUCCAAGGUUUCCAGAAUACAGUAAGCCAGCAGCUAGAGAAGGGACGUUUCGUGAAAAACCAGCAUCAAUGAAACAGUCUGUAGAUGAGCUGGUAGAAGCUGGGUUCUUCUAUACAGGGCAAGAUGAUUGCGUGAGAUGUUUUCACUGUGGUAUCUUGAUAAGGAACUGGGAACCAGAAGAUGACCCGUGGACGGAACACAGACAAUGGUCACCAAGAUGUUCAUUUUUAAGGUCACAGUCAGAAUCAAAAGAAUGUUUUGAGAUAACUCCUGUAAUAAAGCAAGUGCUGAAAAUGGGAUAUGAUAAAGAACUAGUGAAAGCUAUUGUGCAGCGUCGUAAAAGAGCGGGAGGAGCUGAGAUCACAGAUGUAAAUGAGUUAGUUGAUGCUGUAGAGCAACUGAGGAUUCAACAAGAGACAGUAUCUAGAGUUCAUGGUAUCACCAAGGAAACCGGGGCAGCUGGCUCUUCACAUCCACAUACUGAAAGUUUUCCCACUUCUGGUGCUUCUUCGUUAGAAGAUGCGUACAAUCAGUUGAAGGAUCAGAGACUAUGUAAGAUUUGUAUGGAUAGAGAACUAGAGAUCACGUUCAUACCAUGCGGACAUUUAGUUACUUGUGAACAGUGUGCACAACCAUUGAAAAAAUGUCCUAUUUGCCGAAAACUCAUCAAAUCUCAUGUGAAAACUCGAAUGUCGUGAAUUCUUUAGUACAUACAUUCUGUUAUUUUGGGACAUCUUCCUGGAUGGAGUGGGGUAGGAUAGUGGGGUUAUUUGAGGAGAAGUGUUAAAAAUCAAUCUGUAACAUUAGAAUUUAUUUUUCUUACUUCAUAACAAAGAGAAGUACAAGCCAGGACAACAGUUGUUAUAAGGAAUGAUGAUAUGAUGAAAGCAAAAAUGUUGAUGUCAUUGUAUGCUGAAAUGUAUUUGAUAAAAGUUACAACAGCAAAAUCAUUUCAAGUAGGCUUGAAAAUCAUUACAAUUAGGUAACUCAUUUGUGUCACUUUAUAAAAAGAAUACCGCAAAAUCAUUAUUAUUUAUGGGGCACUUAUUUUUGUGGAUUUCGUGUGUAGGUCAAUCCACAAAUUUAAGAUCCAACGAAAUUUUAUUUGUGUGCGGUAGAAUUAUUUUGCAUAACAUUAUUUACAUUUUACCUUUUAGAAAAAUGAACAGUCAACAAAUUUAACUUUUAAGGACCCACAAAAUGUUGUUUGUGAUAAAAAAAACUGAGAAAUUUCAUGCCAAUGAAAUUAAGUGAAUUUAAGAUGUUAACAUAAGUAACCUUGGUUUGGUUGGAUCACUUAAACUGACUGAUUUUUAUAGCAUGAUCAUUUAUACGGCAAAACAAAAUCCAAUGCAACUGAGCUGACCACUUGCUCAUUUGUUAUAUAUUAUAGUUAAUAUUGUGAGCAAAAGGCUUGCUUAAAAUACUUGAUGAAGAAUAGAGGGUAAACUGUGCAUAGAGUGGCAAAGAGAAAUUCAAGUUUAUAAGUUUUUAUGGAGCAUAUUGGUGUCAGGAUGAAGAUUUUAGAUUUUGUAAAAUAAAAAAUUUUAUUGUUGUAAACUACGCUUACAAUCAAAAGAAUGUACUCACUUAGAAAAAAGGUCAUAAAAUAUUAGAUUUUCAAACAAUUUAUUUGUUUUGAUAAGUUAAUUAAGUUUCAUGAUCUAACUACCAAACAUGGAAACAACAUUUGUUUGAGUAGACCAGAGACAUAGAUAACAGAGAUAAACAGCUCCUAUAUACUCCAUUGAAAUAUCACUCAUGUCUAUCAAAAAUUGAGAAAUUAGGCAUUUUGUAGCAAAUAAAACUUACUUAAUGUACAUUUGAUCCUUUAAUAUUAUAUACCAUUUGAAAGGUAAAUCUUUUAUCUAUUGCUGCAUGUUAAAAUAUUGGUAACUUUCAAUGCCUUUCAUCUAGAAAAACAUAGCAGAACAUACCCACUGAGCCAGUUUUUUCGUCAAAUGAAUAGUUUUGUAACAAAAAUUAAUAGGUAGUUCUCUUUAAAAACUGAUGUAUCAUUUAAUUAAAUAGGAACUGUAAAUAUUUUGACCUGCAGCCAUAGACAAAUGCAUAAGCUUUCAGAAAAUGUAUUAUUUUCCUGAUUUUGAUAUCUGGUUAAUAAGUUUUACUUCCUACAAGUUUAAGUUUACCAGGAACGCGUGAUAUUUUAACUGGUUAGGAAGUUGCCUAUCUCUGUUAUCUAUGUCUCUGAGUAGACCUAUAAGCAUCUGUACAUAGGAUGUACCAACUUUAAACUCUUUUAAGUGUGUUCUAUUUAUAGAAAACUGUUUCUUUUUUCUCCCCGGAGACACCUUUUGUAAGGUACUAGGAAGUUAAUAGAUUACCUGUGAAUUGGUUCACUAACAAUAUUUUGGCUGCCAAUUUACUUAGUGCUUACUAUCUCUUGCCCGUAAAGUGUAAAUAUUCAUAAACUAAGGGGUUAUCCUUUUUGAAAUAAUGUACCUUAUCAAUGACAGAGAGAUGGAUUUUUCCUUGACCCACCUUUUAACCCCACCCCGACCCACAUUACCUCAACCUCAACAUUAAUGUUUUUAUCGUAACAGCCCCUUUUUCAAUCCUUAUAGCAAUCAGUGAUGAUAAAAUUUGUUCUUAUAUUUGAUAUUCUUUUAUGCAACUUAAUGUGACUUUACUCAGGAUAACUAUAAAUGGACUAUGAUAGCAUAACCAUAGUUUUAUUUCUUCUUUUACAUCUUGUAUAUAAUCAUAACAUGCAUGAUUGUUAUGUGGAAUAUUUAUAGAAUCUUGUUCUUAAAUGUGCCAUUUAUGUAAAAGACAUUUUUUGGACAUAUCAGUCAUUGUAAUAAGCCAUUGGUAUGUGGCUAAUGUCGGACAUAAAUUCUGAAAAAAGAUAAAUCUGAAAUAUAUAAAUCUGAAAAAGAGAAAUCUGAAAUAGAUAAAUUUGAAAGAGAGAUAUUUUAUGUAUAAAAUGUAUAUAUCAAUCUGAAAAAGAGAAAUCUGAAAUAUAAAAAUCAGAAAUAUAGAAAUCUUUAACAGAUAUUUGAAAUAAAGAAAUCUUAAAAAAAGAUAAUUGAUAUACACUGUACAUGUGUACAUGUAUUUCGUCACCUUAGUGCAGUUAAUGGGUUAAUAGGAGUUAAAACUAAAUUUAAAGGAGUAAACCAGUUAUUGCACUAAGGUUAUUUAUUAAUCUGAAAAGGAGUAAU